ACUUGGCCUCGAGCAAGGAGGAAAAGCCAUCUCAGGCACCGGUCAUGGGUGGGCAGUAUCUUGGCACCAAGGGUGCCUCCCUCAGGCCAUGUGUAUGCUCCUCUGGCCUGUGGAAAGUAACACAGAAGGCCAGCUGCUUAGCCAGGUAAUGGUUCCCUGGUUGGGUGUGAGCUCUUGUACAGCAACCCUCUACCUGUUGGUGCCUUUGAAGUCAAGACUUGGGUAGGGCACCGGGGACUCUGGGUCCUGGAGCCCGCACAGGGCGGCCCAGUGGCUCUGGACCUCUGUCCUCCGUAGAGCAGCAACGCAAAGGCACAGUUCCCAGAGCUGUGCUGCGUUUCUGCCUCCUCCUCUUCCUCUGCUUCCCGAUGCUUUUCACUGCCCACCCCUCCAGACUCGCCUGCCGAUCUGGGGGCUUGCUCCCCUGUUCUCUAGCCAAUCACAGUCUUCUGAUCAUACAGACAGCCACCUGGAGAAGCCAGAGCUCCCACUUCUGCAUCCGUCCCUGGCCAGUUAUGGCCUACUCCCUGCACCCCUUCCCACACAGAGUCCCUUGCUCCCUUCCCCACCUCUCCAGAGACCGUAGGCAGGCCGAGUGGAAAAAAGAAUCUCUCUCUUUCUUUUCCCCCAAGUCCAGCCCCUCACCACUAGCACCCAGCGGCCCCCUGUAAUUGGUUUAAUUUAUUCGGCCAAACAACAUUUUGUUAUUGCAGAUAAUGCCUCCUUCCCCGCCCCGCUGCCGUUCACCACAGUGUGGCACGAGGCUCCAGGUAGUUGACAAUGAAAUAAAUUGAACUAAACGUUUUAGAGGGGGAAAAGUGAUGAAAUAGAACAAUAGUCUAAUUUACAUGACAUUCUCCAUGAAGCUAUUUUCACUGACGCAAAUUAUUUUGCUUCAUUUCCUCGGAUGCUCUUGCCACCGCUUUGCUAGGGCUGUGCGGUUUCUCCUCCUUCCUCCCUCCCACUGUGUCCUUAUUUUUGUUAAUGCCUUUCUCUCUCUCUCUCUGUCUCUCUCUCUCUGCUGUCAUUCUUCCACUCUGGGUCUCUCCUCUUGGGCUUCCCGUCCCCCUCAGGACGGCUCUCAGCAGCCUUCCUAAGGAGGGCAAGGGGCCAGAGGAGAGACCGGCCUCUGCCCUCAGCUCCCUCAGCUACCGCAAGAGGCUCACCCUGAAGGACUCCAUCGGGGGCACUGGGGACCAGGACUCACUCCUCACCACCCUGAGUGAGCGUGCCAGCUCCCCUGAAAGGCCCCCCAGGAAGGCCCGUGUGGGCCCCAGGGAGGAACCCGACCAGGCCCAGGGCAGGAGGAGCGAGGAACAGGAUGACUGUAGCUCGGUCUUCUCAGGGGCCGGGAGCCGCCCUGGCCGUGGUCUGGAGAAGCGCUGGGGCUCGGACUUCGACCGAGCCUCGACGGUCUCCGCCCCAGUCAGCCGGGCCUCCUCAGCCACGCGUGGCUCUGGGGAGGACAGGGCUCGCUCCUCGCUGAGCUUCUCACUCUCAGGCUCACCCAGCUCCCGCCGCAGCACGUCCAGGCUCGACAGCCUGUCAAGGACCCUGAGCCCUUCCUGGCACAGGGCCUCAGGCCUGGGCCGCGAGAGCCCCGACUCCCGGCUGUCCCUCGGCCAGAGCUGCCUGGAUGAGUGGGAUGAUGGAGCCAGCGUGGCCCUCAGUGAGGCACCCUCACAGUUCAGCCACCCGUCACUGGCCCGGAGUCUGUCUGUGCCCCCCCAGCCACGGGGCUCUGCCUCAGCCUCAGCCUCAGCCACUGAGGGCUCCAGCGUCCCACCAGUCAGCCGCCACUCCUACCUGGAUCCAGACCUGGAGGCUGCCAUCAACGAGGUUCUGAGCUACAAACCUGUGCCUUUCAAGCGGAGCAGCCUGGAGCCUGACUCUGAGGAUGACGACCGGAAGAGCAUCCAGAGUGCCCGGAGUGCGCAGCUGGAGUGCCCAGAAAGGGGCUCCAGCAUCCGCCGCUCUGCCUCUGCCGUGGAUGUCUCUGGGUCACGCGGUGGCCACAAAAGCCGGAGCAAGCGCAGGAGCAAACGGAGGAGCCCCAGCUCCAGCUCCAGCUCCAGCUCCAGCUCCAGCUCGGAAGGUUCCUCAGAGCACAAGCGGCGGAGGAAAGGGCGCUCUCGGAAGAGCAAGAAGAGAUCCAAGUCAAGAAGGAAGAAAACAGAGACCGAGUCGGAAUCCUCGUCGUCGUCCAGCGGCUCCACUGUCUCGGGCCACAGCCGCUCCAGUGUGAAAAGGGGCCCAGCCGCAGACAUGGAGGAAACCGGGCAAGCGCCCAGGCGCUCAAAGAAGGAAGAGAAGCAGCGCAAGAAGGAGGUCGACAGUCUGAUGAUGCGGUACCUGUACCGGCCAGAGAGUGACUAGCGUAGUAGGUGAUGCCCGGCCUGGCGUGGAGUGCGGCAUGGCGUGUGCCACCCUCUGAGAACUAACCUGCUCCCUGCCCCCUCCAACCACCACCUCAGGCUCCCCUCUCGGGCCUCCGAGAGCCUCCUGUGUUGUUUUUGGAACUAAUCUUCACUACGACUGUCUAACAAAGGUCUGAUCAGCUCUGUUUCAUAGAAAGUCAAGGCCCAGAGAGGUUAAGUUAGUUACCUGCCAAGGUCACACAACUGGGAAGUAAGAUUACCAGGAGCUCAUGGGAUCUGUUUAACACCUUUAACCUUUACUGCGGAGCAUGUGGGUGACACCUAGCCCUCCCACCCACACUCAGCCCACACAUGGGCGUCACCUCAGCUUUGCUCAUCUUGUGAAGUUCUAAUGACUAGAAAUUAGCAGCUGCUGAGUGACAACCCCCUCUCUGCUCUCCUGCCUCCCCCGGCUCUUCCCUCUUGUGCCCACACCUUCCACGGAGAGAGGCAGAGCCUGACUCAUUGGGAUCCCAUUGUUACCAGUUUCCCUGGUGGGUGGUGACAUUUUGAAUCACCCCUGUUGUGAGACGGUGUGGAGUGUUUUUCAGCAUGGCACCCUCACAGGGCAUGCUUGCUGCUUCCCAGGAGGCACAUCCUCAGGCUGUAGCCACCUGGGGUGCUGCAGUCGUUUUCCCCGAAGCAUGAACUAACACACCUGUAGCAUGCUUGUGUCAUCUGGUGAAUUGGGCUAUGCCAAAAGGGGUCUGUUGAAGGUCCCUUCAAGGAACAGAACAAGAGGAAGUUGCUGUGGCCCUUUGGAAAUGGGGGAGGGGAGGAGGGGAAGUGAUUGAGAGUGGAAGUGAGGAAAUAGAGCUUGAAUCCAGACCGGGCUUGUGGCAGCUCGGGCCUGAGCGGUGAAAGCACUCCUCGGCCUCAGCACUGCUCUGUCGCUUCUCUCAUGGCAGAUGGUUUCAGAGUGCUCCAGGGAGAGCAGGGAGCAUUUGUGGCCUUUGUUAGCUCCAUUGGGAGCAAAGAUAGUCAAAACAUUUGGUCUACAAUUUCAGCUUCCUUUUAGCAGCCUUGCUAAGGACCCCGCACCACAGGCGAGAAGUCAGUUGGUGGAUGGAAGGGGAGGUCUAGAACUAAAGACCGCCAGGCCUUUCUGUACCCCUUUCCAGAAGGAAGCCAGUGUCUUUCUGGGCCAUCCCAGACUUGACUGGUGACUAGCGGAUGUCCUACUGAAUCCCUCCAGCUCCCAGUCACCUUUCACAGUGAAUAAGACAGAAAACCCGUUCCGUCAGCCUCCUCUCACCCACAGCUCAGAUGCUUUUGCCUACAGGGAGAGCCACCCAGUCCUGAAAACCUACUCUGUGUCACUCUGAGGAUUAGAGUCCAUGUUGACAGAGUGGUCCCCAGCUAGAACACAGCCAACUAACGUGAAGGGGGUGUGCGGGGAGGGCAUUGCUGGCACCCACUGCCUUUGAACUGGGUAUGCUGUGCAAAGGUGGGGGACAGAGCCUCACCUGGGGAGAAGGACCAGUGAAGAAUUCCCAAACACAGAAGGCGGCGGCGUCACCCAGGGCUUUCCCAGCAGGAAUUAGCUUGUGUACCAAAUUGUUUGUGACAGCACAGAGCAGGAGACGCUGGCGUGUGGGGAGGAAAGCUUUUUAAACAAUUUAGUUAAAAUGUUCCAAUUGCCAGCCCUGACUCUUGCUCUGGGGACAGGGAGCUGCCCCCACCCCCGGGCGCCCAGUGGGUGGCUUACUGAUGGUGGUGGCAGCAGACAAGGACACUGGCUAAGGAUCUGUGGCCCCACAGCCAGGCAGAGCUUGCCCUGUUCCUGGUUCCCUCUGCCUCUUCUUUAGAGCAACCUGACUGCGUUUACCUGGGUGCCUGGGGUGUGGGAAGCGGGGCUGGAGACCCACACAGGGCUGUGCCUCAUUUACAUCUGGACCCCAGCCCUGGCAUCUGCCUCACGCCCUCUGCUCACAGAGUAACCCCACUGUCUUUCCUCAAAGCCCGAGUUCCUUAGCUGGAAAGCAAACCUUUAGCACGGGGUGUAUGGAAAUGCUGUGUUAAAAAAAGACAACAAUUGAGUCCCACUAACUCAGGACUCAAACAACCCUAGGGCUACAGUGACCCCCAUUUUUUCUGUGUUGCACAGUUAUCAUUGAGCUUUAUAAUUUUGUCCUGGAGAUGCUGCAAGGCCCUAAGUGCUUCUGGCCCAUCAGAAUAAGACUCAUUUAUGUUCAGUCUAGUUUGUAUUAAGUGUGUUUUGUGCUAUUCUGAUUCCUUUAAAAAUGGUAAUUCAUUCAUGAGAAAUACGAUAACUAUUAACCGGACUGCCCCGUUGCUGAGCCAUUUUGCAUAAUUGAACAUAUAUUUUCCCAGGCUCUUCCUUUCCGCCAGGGACACGGAGACCUGUCUUUACAUACCCCAGGCCCUCCUCCCCUCCCCCGCUAGCCAGCAGGAGACUUCAGGUUUGGACUAGUUUUCUUCUUGUCUAGUGGCAGAGUGCCCCAAGGCUGAGGUGCAGAUUCCGGUUUGGGGAGAAUAAGGCCAGGUUUGAAAAGGACCAGCAAAUAAAGGCUGUCCUUGGGUUCCUAGUUCAGAAUAUAGCCAGCCUAGCGAUUGUAGAAACUCCUUACGAGGACCUGGAGGCAGGGCUGUGUUCCUUUGUCACUCAGCUCGGGCAACAGCAGCAGCCCCAGGGACCCCAGAUGAGGACAGGGCACCAGUGGAGGUGAAGCUGUGUUGGGCUGAUGUUCUCCAGUGGUGCAUGUGAUCGGGGGACAGGAGGGGCUCUGAAGCUCUGGGAAAGAGAGAGUGUGAUGGAGCCACAAGAUGAGGUCCUGUAGGAUGUCACGGUCCUCCUCCCUCCAGGGGACAGUGAGUGCUUCUUCAUCCUCCAGUGCCAGGGACCUAAUGAAGACUCCCAGGAGCUAAGGACUUUUCCCAUUGGCCCAUCCUGAAACAGGUCUUGCCAGCCUCUGUCCUGGGUCUCCAUUCCUUUUCCAGUAGAGAAUGCCAUGAUCAAGGACAGAAGUCUUCCAGGCCCAGAACCCUGAUUAGGGGAAAUAGUCCAGAUCUGAGAUCCUGUCAAGAGUGACUUGCCUGAGAGUUUCCUCCUUAGACAAGUUGUAAUCAGUCUCGAAUCUGUGUGGUCUGUGGCCUACCUGCAUCAGAGGAGGGAGCUGAGCACUCUGAAUCCCUGGGUUCCUCCCCUGUGACUCAGUCCCAGCUUCUCAGGGGAAGGAGCCAGGAACAUGUGGCUGUUUCUUAGGCUCACAGAAGCCUGGUCCCCACUGCCACCAGCCUCCCUGUCCUGAUCAUCUUCAAAGCUUUCCAGGUGCCAACCGUGUGCUCCUUUCUCUACAUUGAGCAUCUCCUGGGUGAGCCCAGGAGGGCGUUGACCCAGCAACAUUUGGGUUUUGAAGUGCAGGAACAGAGCCUUGGUGCCCCAGAGUGGGAGUAGUAGUUGACCUUGACCUUGUUCCUUUGUCU